GAGGAAACUUUCCGUUUGUUCUUCUCAGAAUUUGUCUCGCAAUAAAUGCUCUCUCUGCUGAGGGAUCAGAAAAUGGAGGAGAAUGCAGGUCUGAUCGGAGAUUGAAGAAUUCGGAGACACAAACCUGGCCAGAGGCAGCAAGAUGGAGAACGGGACAGAGGAUUGGGACAGGGAAGGGGAACAGAGUAUCCCUACCCCUCUCGCUUCUCUUUCUCUUUCUUCUUUUCAGAGCUUGUCUCUCUACGGAGCUCGCCAUAAAUGCUCUGUUUCUCACAGCCCUAUCUAUAGCUUCUCUUUCUCUGAUCUCUCUGCUGAGGGAUCAGAAAAUGGAGGAGAAUGCAGGUCUGAUCGGAGAUUGAAGAGGUCGGAGACAGAAACCUGGCCAGAGGCAGCUAGAUGGAGAACGGGACAGAUGGUUGGGACAGGGAAGGGCAACAGAGUAUCCCAACCCCUCUCGCUUCUCUUUUUCUUUCUUCUUUUCAGAGCUUGUCUCUCUACGGAGCUCGCCAUAAAUGCUCUGUUCCUCACAGCCCUAUCUAUAGCUUCUCUUUCUCUUUGUUAUUCUCAGAACUUGUCUUCUUGUUUGUAUAUACUCCUUCAUAUUUGACUCUCAGAACUUGUCUCUUCGUUCUUAUUUAUAUACUCCUCCGUAUUUGAUUACAAACACAAGCUUGAAAAUCUUCAACUGCUCUUCCAUGGAUGUUGAGGCCAUGGAUGUUGAGGAGAACCCGUUGAGAAAACGAAGGCGUAAUGUUCUAUGUGUAGAGAAGAAAGCAAGAAUAAAAUUCACAGAGAAGAGUUUUGAACCAGAGGAAGGAGAGGAAGAAGAGAAAGUAAAGCAAGGUUAUACUUCCUUGUGUGGUUUUGAAGAUGAUCGGUUCGAUAAAGUUCCGAUCAGUAUUUCAGAAGAAGAAAUUGAAGAGGAAGCUCUUCGUCUUAAGAGAAUGCGUUUGCUAACGCAUUCUGCUUUUCUGAGAAUAUAUUUCUUAAAAAAACUAAAUCGCCAGAGAUGCAUCUCUAUCACCGAAAGAAUUCCACGACCGUUUCGAAAGUGGGUUAAAUACCGACUAUUGAAAAGGUGGGUAUUUGACUCAUCUGGUAUGAAGGUUGUGGGUUUCAGCGAUGAUGUUUGCUCUGUUUUUAAGCAGAUUGGUGGUGGUUUGAAGGAACUCCUCUACCGUCGUGAGUUUCAUGGCAGCCUACCUACUGGGGUGAUGGUGUCGCGGAGUCAAAUGGUCAAGUUUGUCAACUUGACCAGUUUUGCUAGCCCCCCUUCGCAAGUCGAUUUCGAAUCUGGUUUGAAGAAAGAUAUUGAAGAUUUCAAACAACUUGUUCUGAAGAUAAAAUUGCCCAGAAACUCAACUACUCCGAUUGUUUUGACUUUGUUUUGCCGUCUAUGUGAUAACGCCCAACUAACCACGGGAGUUGAGCUUGUGGACUUAGCUUUCUUCAUUUACAGUAACGCCCUUUUUCAUGAUGAUAACGACCGUUGCUAUUUUUUCAUAAGCGUUUGGGACUUUAUUAAGGCCAAUCUGCACAAAGGUCUGUCCAUUCUUCGUUUCGAUAAGGGUGUUGUUAAUAUGAGAGGGUGGCGGAGUUCUUUGCGAGACCCGCGAUUUUCUGCAUUGAAACGUGCUAGCCGACGCAAGGGUCAGUCAUACCACAAAGCCUUCGGUAUUGUUAAAUUUCAUAGAAACUUUAUGGUGCACGUAGACAGUUAUUUGAAAAUACCAGCACUCCGUCGGCUAACAUAUGCUACCAAGUUACUAAGGGAAGCAUUUUCUGAUUUUCCGGCAAAGUUUUUUUAUUUGGUUGCCACUCUUAUUCGACGACGUCAGGCCAAGUUUGGACCUGAUGGUUUGGUGUCACACAUCCGAAGGACAGUAACCUCAUGUUCUACUUUUUCAUGAAAUGCCAAUUUUUCAGGACAGCUGGGCGAUGCUAUGCGGUUCCUGAUUUCUGUGCUGUCAUUUUGCUUCUGUAAGUUUUUUUUUUAGAUGAACAAUUAUGAUGGUUGUUUUUUUUGAAUGAUUGUAAAAGAAGCUAUGGUGGUUUUAUGGUGGUUUUUUUUUUGUGAGGGUGAUUGCAAUUUGAAUGUGUUGGUGGAUGACUUCUUUCCGCUAUACCUAAAAGGAAUAUGUUGGUGGAUCAUUGUAUUUUUCAUGCUUUUGGCUUCGGAGAACAUGAUUUGUUUUGUUUUUUAGAAUGAUGAUUUGUUUUGUUUUUUAGAAUG